GUUGGAGGAAUCAGACUGACUCCGGCUGCUCUCUCCACGACCAUGUGUAGCCGGAACAACACGACCGACUCCGAGUUUGUGAAGACUUUCCAAUACGUGGUCCACAUCCCAACCUUCGCCCUGGGACUGGUCAUCAACUUAACAGCGCUCUGGAUACUUUGCUUCAGAUUGAAGAAUUGGACAGAGUCCAUGAUCUACAUGACCAACCUGAUAUUUUCCGACCUGCUUCUGCUUUUCUCGCUGCCCUUCAAAAUGCACGCUUUCCAGAAAAGUGGAGAAUGGCAUCUGGGUCACCGCUUCUGUCAGUUUGUGGAGUCCCUGUACUUUGUCAACACCUACGGGACCAUCCUGUUAAUCAUGCUGAUCUCUCUGGAUCGCUACAUCGCUAUCAGGUAUCCCAUUCUGGCAAGAACCCUCCGAUCUCCAAAGAAAGCCGCCAUCGCCUGCACUGUUCUGUGGCUCUGUGUCUGGUCUGCUAGUAUUCCCAAUUACUUGCGGACUGGCGAUCGUCAGAAGAAAACGUGCUUUUCGCAUUUUGCUACAUUCUGGGAAGGUCUGACAAUUCCCCUGAUCAUGCUCACUAUAUUUGUCAUUUCUGCAGCUGCUGUUAUUUUCUGUAGUGUCCGGAUUCUAAAAACAUUGCGAAGAGUGGAUGAAGAGAGAGAAGAAAUAAACACCAGAACAUCUAUGCACACAAUAUCCUGCAAUCUGGCAACGUUCCUUCUCUGCUUCACACCGUAUCACGUCGCCAUGUUACUGUACCUCUUGGCAAGGAAAUGCUACAUGCCAGUCGAAUACCAGGCGCCGCUGCGGGUGUUUCUCCAGGUCUCUCAGUGUCUGGCAACGACUAACUGUUGCCUGGAUGUCAUGUAUUACUAUUUGAUCAUUAAGGAAUUCUGGAAAUCCAAAAUUAUGAGCACCUUGGAAACUUUGUCUUCCAAUUCCGGCUAA